ACUUCCGCCCGGGCCUGGCCUAGGUUCGGGCUCCGUGGGCCGAGGCGGGGGUUACGGAGGUGGCAGCGGUGGGAGGAGGCGGCGUGGAAGGCCGAGGAGCUCGAGCCCGGACCAAUCCCCGCGUUCUGGGCCGCGACCCUGACCCUGCAGCGCACCGGGAAGCGAAACCGGCCGGAUGGGCCGCUGAGCCCGAAUCGGGCACUGUGUGGAGCCCCCUGGAGCUGAGAUCAGGAUGUUCCGCUUCAUGAGGGAUGUGGAGCCUGAGGAUCCCAUGUUCCUGAUGGAUCCCUUUGCUAUUCACCGUCAGCAUAUGAGCCGUAUGUUGUCAGGUGGCUUUGGAUAUAGCCCCUUCCUCAGCAUCACAGAUGGCAACAUGCCAGGGACCAGGCCUGCCAGCCGCAGGAUGCAGCAGGCUGGAGCUGUCUCCCCCUUUGGGAUGCUGGGAAUGUCGGGUGGUUUCAUGGACAUGUUUGGGAUGAUGAAUGACAUGAUUGGAAACAUGGAGCACAUGACAGCUGGAGGCAAUUGUCAGACCUUCUCAUCUUCCACUGUCAUCUCCUACUCCAAUACGGGUGAUGGUGCCCCCAAGGUUUACCAGGAGACAUCAGAGAUGCGCUCAGCACCAGGCGGGAUCCGGGAGACACGGAGGACUGUUCGGGAUUCAGACAGUGGACUGGAGCAGAUGUCCAUCGGGCAUCACAUCCGGGACAGGGCCCACAUCCUCCAGCGCUCCCGAAACCAUCGCACGGGGGACCAGGAGGAGCGGCAGGACUAUAUCAACCUGGAUGAGAGUGAGGCCGCAGCAUUUGACGACGAGUGGCGGCGGGAGACGUCCCGAUUCCGGCAGCAGCGCCCCCUGGAGUUUCGGCGGCUUGAGUCCUCAGGGGCGGGGGGACGAAGGGCAGAGGGGCCUCCCCGCUUGGCCAUCCAGGGACCUGAGGACUCCCCUUCCCGACAGUCCCGCCGCUAUGACUGGUGAGGGCCCCGGGCCCUCAGCCUCUCUUGUACAGGCUGAGAAAUCAUCCCCUGAAUAACUUCUUCCUCUCUGAUUCCCAUCCCCAAUUUAAUAUUAAAUUAACAGGCAAGCCGGCCCCCACCUCUCCCUGGGGGUCUCAGGGAGAACCUUUCACGGCACCCUUUCCCUACUUUUUCCUUCUUUAAUCCCCUUACCAUGGUGACUUCGCCUCUGCAUCUACUAACUUGAUUUUUCAUUCUGCUGCUCCAUCUUCAAACCCCCUCACCUUUCCCAUUCUACUCCUGCCAUGCAUUGAAGGGUCUUUUGGGGUGAGCUCUGGGUUUAGGGGUCUCCUCCAUCCCUCAGCUACCCUGGAUCUUUGCCCACCUCUUCCUCAGAGCCCCCACUGAGGGGCCGUAGCCCUGUCUAGAGCUGUGGAAGGAGCAGACUGGUUCCCAACUCUUUCUCCCUACUCCUGCCCACACACAUCACGAGAAUCUUCCCUAAACCCUUCUCUGCCUUUAUUUUUUGAUUUGUGCAACUUGUAACUAGGUGUUUAUGGAAUAAAGGAGAAUGGAAAAAAGACCAAA